AUACUCCCCAUUUAUAUAUAUUAUCGUGGCUGAAAAGAAGAUGCAAAAUCAACAAGAAAAGUUGCCUAUUAAUAAGGCUCGCCAGCUCAACGCCAUACGCUGCCGACUCUUCUUGCAGCUCAUCAAUCUCCCAAGACCCAGAAUUGCAGCUUCUCCUGUUUCAUUUCACCAUGAGAUAUCUUCUUUGGCUCCUUGCUUUUUGUUUCAUUAGCACAGUCUCAAUGCAUCACCUAAAAUAUGAUUCUAUCUAUAGCUUUGGGGACUCUCUAGCCGACACGGGAAACUUCCUCCUGUCCGGUGCCGCUGCAUUUCCGGCCGUCGGCAAACUCCCCUACGGCAAGACCUUCUUCCACCGCCCCACUGGCCGGUGCUCCGACGGCCGCCUCGUUAUCGACUUCAUCGCUGAGGCAUAUGGUCUGCCAUUGGUGCCACCUUACCUAGCAGUUGUCAAGGGCCACAAAUUCCAACAUGGAGUGAACUUUGCAGUUGCUGGAGCCACUGCACUUGAUGCAAAAUUUUUCUUUGACCAGGGCAUUGGCUUCAUCUUGUGGACAAAUGAUUCCCUGGCUGUUCAGCUUGGCUGGUUUAAGCAGCUCAAGUCCACCCUUUGUAGCACUAAGCAAGAUUGUGACAACUACUUCAAGCGAUCACUGUUUCUCGUGGGAGAGAUUGGUGGAAAUGAUUACAAUUACCAAAUCUUCAUCGGGGCAAGCAUUAAACAACUGAAAGCAGUUGUGCCCUCAGUUGUAGAAGCAAUUAUUGCAGCAGUUGCUAUGUUGAUAGAGGAAGGGGCGGCGGAGCUGGCGGUGCCGGGAAAUCUGCCGAUCGGGUGCUCGGCGCUGUACUUGACAGUGUUCCAGAGCCCGAACAAAGCAGAUUAUGAUCAAAACGGGUGUCUAAAAGGAUACAAUUCUUUCUCCAAGUACCACAAUGCACAGCUCAAACUUGCUUUGGAGAAAUUGAGAGGAAAAUACCCAAAUGCAAGGAUCAUUUAUGCUGAUUAUUAUGGGGCUGCCAAGCGAUUCUUUCACACCCCUUUCCAUCAUGGAUUCUACAAUGGCGCACUGAGGGCAUGCUGUGGAGGGGGUGGACCUUUCAAUUUCAACAAUUCUGCAAGGUGUGGCGAAGCUGGCUCCAAAGCAUGCACCAAUCCUUCAACUUAUGCUAAUUGGGAUGGGAUUCACUUGACGGAGGCGGCUUACCGGCACAUCGCCGCCGGUUUGAUCGCCGGGGCUUUCACUUCGCCGCCCCUCGAGCCUUCUGCAAUUUGAGACAAUUCUAAGUUUUUGCAUUGAAGCCAGUCACUGCAUAUAAUGAAAGUACCGUUGGAAAAAUUGCUGAAACCAUAUAUAUAGGACAAAAAUGUUGACGGAGAACCCAGCAAAAUUAAUGUUGCAAUGGCUUCAUAUAUAGCUCUUGUACAAUUUGCACAAAAUAAUGAUGGGAUGGGGUUAGAUUUUGGC